GUGCAGUGUUUUGUGUUUCUUGCUGGCAAAUUAAUCUUGCAAGGAAAGAAGAUGGACGUUUCGAACAUGGUAUAAAGGUUACAUGCUGCUAUAAUGAUCUCUAUACUUGGACCGUGUGUUAAAAUAGCAAUUAACGAUAAUUCUUGCAAUAUUUCGUGUCGUAAUAUGUUGUAUUUUGUUACAUUACUUUCUUUUCCGUGUAUUGUCCUUUAUGGUCAUUGUGAAUGCUAGUGAGCUCUGGUGGAUAUAACAAAACCUACACAUAUGGCAACCCAGAACAAAACAUUCGAAGAAAGAAAAGUUUGAACAGUGCUGGAGUUACGGUAGUGAAUUUCUUGAUGGUUUUUAACCGUUUAGAGACUCGAUAAAAUGUCAUCUCCAAGUGCAGGGAAACGACGAAUGGACACGGACGUUAUAAAACUAAUUGAAAGCAAACAUGAAGUGACUAUAUUAGGAGGGCUUAAUGAAUUCUGUGUUAAAUUUUAUGGACCACGAGGCACUCCAUAUGAAGGUGGGAUUUGGAAAGUAAGAGUUCAUUUGCCAGAGCAUUAUCCCUUCAAAUCACCUUCUAUUGGAUUCAUGAAUAAGGUGUAUCAUCCAAAUAUAGAUGAAGUCUCUGGUACUGUGUGUUUAGAUGUGAUCAACCAAGCUUGGACUGCGUUGUAUGAUCUUUCUAACAUCUUUGAGUCGUUUCUUCCCCAGUUAUUAACGUAUCCAAAUCCUAUUGAUCCUCUCAAUGGAGAUGCUGCUGCUAUGUACUUACAUAAACCAGAAGAGUACAAGAAGAAAGUUCAAGAGUAUGUAAGAAAAUAUGCAACAGAAGAAGCCCUGCGGGAGCAAGAAAAUCAAGGCGUAUCUUCAGACAGUGAGUCUUCUAUGUCCGAUUUCAGUGAGGAUGAAGCGCAAGAUAUGGAAUUAUAACGGUGGCUUUCACCUCAAAUAUCAUAGACACUUGCUACCUGUAGAUACUCUAGCAGCUUAAGCUGAAGUUUGGUGUGAAGUGUGUGUUGGAUUCAGUGGAUAUAGAUUCUCAUGUCAUGUCUGAUCAAAUGCUUUUUCAAGUGCACUUGUAAUUGGCAUCUAGGCCUACCAUUUGGUUAAACAUUAUUAAGAGCAUUAAAUCAUCUUCUGUACUCAUACAUUUUUGAAUAAAAUCUAUUAUUUGAAAUAUUCUGGGCCUAGAAUGGUGAAACACUACAAAAUUGUUGUUUUUGAAAAACACUGUUAACCCUUUGAUGAGUAUGCACACAUUUAUUUGAAAAUGAAGUAAUCGGACUAUGUAUGUGUGUAUGUACAUUCUAUGCUCUGCUUUGGGUAGCAUACAUGCACAUUUCUAUUUAAUUGAUUUUAUAUCAUCUGUGAAGUGCUAGUUUUUGAUUGUUUGGUGAUAUUAAUUUCAGAUUCUGUUAAUUUUUCAUUUUUUUGGUUAUAAAGUAAAAUAAAGUGAGCCACUAGUAGCUUGAAGAUUAUGUGGCAGAUCAUAUUACAGAAAAGUUGUGUAGUUGUUACCAAUUUGUAAUUUUGCACCUAAGAUAGAGAUUGUUGAUUAUUACAUGAUACACUGGGUCAUAUUUGAUUAUGUUUGUCAACACUGUAAAGAUGUGAAAAAGGCUCACUCCUUGAGAUGCAAGAAAAUUUAUAAAUCAAAGGGUUAAACUGAUGAUGAAAAUUUUUUAGUCUGGAAGAUCAUUCUCUCUGAUACCAUAGAAUGCAUGAUUUUACAGCAUAAUGGAGAGGUAUCUGAAACUAAAUAAUACACACCAUGUUUGAAAGAGGAGAAAUGUAAGUGCUAAUGCAGACAACACAAAACAUUUUAAUUUUAUCUCUUGAAUUUCAUAAUUAACAUUCACAUGAAAUUUGAACUUACAACAUGGUUGCCUUAUAAUGAAUUUAUAACUGUACAGAUAUUUGCAUCAGACUAAGCAUUGCCAUUCAACUUUGAUGACAUGCUCUAAAUAUAUUAUUCCUUAAAGAAGGAAUUUCUUUUCUUCCUGUAAUUUGAGUGCAUGGCGUCUGAUGGUUCAGAACCCAGAAAUAAAUUUUAAUGUCGCAUAAUACUUGAAUGUUGCAGUUUCUAACCUGUGGAAUCCAGAAACUGGGCUGCUCCAUGUAUUAAUGGUUUGUAGAGAUGUAUGAGUGUGUAUAACUUUAAUAUAGUUGAAAUUUAAUAUUGUCUAAGUAGAUAACAUUUAUUUACCUUUGUUAACUGCAUAAUUCUGUUAUUUUUGUAGGAGAGUAUGUACUUUAAAAUUAACAUUUAAUGUUUAGUAUAAUUAUUCAACCAAAUCAGAUACUUUUAUAUUUUUGAGAAGCAGUGUCCAGAAUGUUAAGUUUGUUAGGCUUUCUUAGAUUUAAAAAAAAAAGUUUCCUGUCACUGACAAUCCCUGAGACAUGUACCAUAACUUUUCAAUACUGAUUUCAUAUAAACUGUAUAUUAUCACGUAGAAUUGCUCUUGACAAGUUCCUACAGGUUUGAAACUGCUGUGAAUAACUAUAUCAUGCCCAUAAUAAUCAUGUGGUCCAGCCCAUUUUUAUAUUUGUGAUUUUGUUCGUUUAAGUGAACUUUUUAGUAAUAUAUUUCUGUAUUUUCAAAUUAUGUUAUUGGUGUAAUAACGAGUGGCUAUAAAUAUUAAUGCUGAUGUCACCUUGCACAUGCUAUAGUGGAAUGGUACAUAAUGUAACAUCCCUACUUCAGAAAGAGAUUUUCAGAACACUUAAUUUUGACAGAUAUUUUUACAAAGUAAGUAAUCUGUAGAUCUCUCUCUUUAGUACAGUAAUGAAAUAUGAAGGCAGAUAUAUCAGCUUUAAAUUAUAUGGCUCACAAAUUAAAAGCGCAAGAUCUUUUGCUGUUUAAACUUGUUAAUUUAAAUAUAUGAUAUAUACAUAUACACACACCUUUAUAUAUAACAAAUAUUUAUAGAUUUUUUUUUAAGCUAAAGCAUGUUGGGUUAAAAAUGUAAAUCUGAGUCUUUAUUUCAGUUGUUUUGCAAGACACUUAACAUUUUGUUGCUGCAUAAUAACAGUCAUUUUGUACCAGUGAAAAAACUGAUGAGAUUUGUGGACUGUUUCACUAUUUCAUUUUGUAACACGAAGUACUGAUGUUUUUUACUAGAUGACCCUCUGUUUGACAUUGACAUACAGAUAAAGUUAAAAUAAAAUUCAUGAAAGCACAGCUUGUAUUUUCAUCAUGUAAGAGCAUUAAUUGCAGCAAUAAAGAGGAUGGUGUGAGUCCUAAACUA